UCAACCCCCCUCCCUCGUUCCCUCGCUCCAACUCCACUUCUCUAGAAGCGCUGUAUCCAGUCGGGCCCAGACGGCUCUAUCUUUCCCUCUCUUUCUCUCUCUCUCUCCCGUCUGUCACCCGAGCUUCCUCUUGCAGGCUGUGUGUGUUUACCCUCUUUUUCGGCCUGGCAACGGGGCUGCAUGCUCAGGAUUACCGGAGGCCUUGCCUUUCAUCGCUGCCCGCUCCCUCUUCCUUUCGCCGUUGACUUCUGGACUACGGUGAGUACGGGUGUGAGGCUGUGUGUUUUGGGGGCUUCCCUGGUUUCCUGUUCGUGGAGUUAAGUGGAUUUGUAGAUACUAAAGAGACAUGGAUCACUCUCUGUUUGGAUGCCUUCGGAGCCCGCAUGCCCCAUCCCAAGCCCUGCACCCAGCAUUCAACCAGUCCUCCCUGGCCCUGCACGGCCGCUCAGACCACAUCUCCUACCCCGACCUCCCGGGACCCUCGCCGCCCUGCGGCUACACAGGGGAGGAGAGUGGCUUCGGGGGACCUCAUGUCAGAGUUCAUCCCGCUCCGCAGCAUCUACACCACUCGCAGCAUCAGCCUUCCUGGCACGUGCCACAGAUGCCAUCGAUCGACAGUGAGCACCACGGCCUCUGCCUGCCGCACCCUGACGCCGCGGCUCCAGAACUGCGCAGUGCAGGAGGAGCGGGUUCGCAGGGCCUGUGCGAGGGUAACCCAACACUCUCUGGAAGUGACCCUUCUGGGGUGUCGUGUGUGUCUGGAGAAUACGGGAGACAGACCAUGUCACCUGUUGAGCCGGAGCAACGGAAUAGCAAAGGAAAGAGUGACAGUUCAGAUUCCCAGGAUGGGAGCUAUAAGUCAGAUGUGAGCAGCAAACCUAGGAAGGAGCGCACAGCCUUCACCAAGGAACAGAUUCGAGAACUGGAAUCAGAAUUCGCUCACCACAACUAUCUGACAAGGCUUAGACGUUACGAAAUCGCUGUCAACCUUGACCUCACAGAGAGACAAGUAAAGGUGUGGUUCCAGAACAGACGGAUGAAGUGGAAGCGAGUGAAGGGAGGUCAGCAGGGAGCCGCUGCGCGGGAGAAAGAACUGGUGAACGUGAAGAAAGGCACUCUCUUGCCAUCUGAGUUCUCCCCAAUGGUUGGACUACACCAUCCCAUCGGUUCGCCCAGCAAUGAGGACGACAGUCACGACAGCGACCAGAGCUCUGAGCACGCGCAUUUAUGAUGCCCACACUCCAUCCGGUCACAUUCUGCCAACUUCCUCAGGAAUCAACUAUGUUGGUACUCCGAAGGCUUUUAACAACUAGUACUGGGCCGCGUUGUGUUAUUUCAUUCUGAGUGGUUAGGGUUAGCUCUUGGACUGUGAAACAGACAGGGUCGCAAACCAGAGCUCAGCCCCCACUGGCACCGAACUUUGAAGAGUAGUGUAAAUAAUAGUCAAAGGGGUUUAAAAGUGGCCACAUUUUUUUAAGAGACUAUAUGCAUUUCAACCGAUUUUAACAUUGUAAAUAAAUGUAAGUUUGAAUGUUGUAAACAUUCCACAUGAGUGCCUUUGAGAGGAUCUUUGCACUGUUUAAAUUUUUGCUCUAACGGUUUGCUACUGUAUUUAGACACGGAUUUACCGUAGAUAAAAACACCAUUAAUUAAAAACACAUCGACAUAAUCUGUGACGGCACAGAAUGAGGAUUA